AUGAAAGGCCUGCGACUCGAUCAUGAGUUCAAGGCAGCCAAUCGCCGAACCAGUCGUUCACGUGUGAUGUUGUUUACUGCCCUGCUUGUCAUUUCCAUCACCGUCAUCCGAGCUAUUCCACUACCCACCUUCGAGAAUAUUCUCGACAUCAAGCAAUACUUGCCCGCACCCUGCGUCAAUUGGCGCUCGCUCUCGGCAACCAGCACACCGAAAUUGCCUUAUGACCAGCUUCGCGACAUCUUGCUGAACACCCCCGACGGCAACAAGGCGCGCGAGUGGAGCAGUUACUACACCACCGAAUCGCAUCUUCCUGGUCAAGGCCACGACCAAGCCGUUUGGACAAAGGAGCGAUGGGACGAGUUCGGGCUGCCGGAGAACAACAUCAUCUCGCAUGACGUGAUCGUACCGGAACCGCGUGGGCAGCGGCUUGUGCUCCAGGGAUCUGCGGGCGAAGUCUUAUACGAGGCUGCGCUGGUCGAGGACCAAAGCCUGGUUGGCAGGCAGAACGAUAGCGGCAAAAAGCCGUUUAUUUCGGCUUUUCAUGGCUUCUCGGCGCCUGGGAAUGUCUCCGCCCAGUAUGUCUUUGCGAACUUCGGCACAAAAGAGGAUUUUGGAGACUUGGUCGCCGCGGACGUCCCGCUGCAAGGGAAGAUCGCCAUUAUCAAAUAUGGCCGUAUCGGUCGUGGUGAGCAAGUCCUCAAUGCGCAGGCGAUGGACAUGGCCGCCGUGAUUUUGUAUAAUGAUCCUCAGCAGGACGGAGGCAUCACUGAGGCGAAUGGGUACAAGCCGUUUCCUGAGGGCCCGGCGCGCGCACUCACGAGUGUCGAGCGAGGCAGCGUCGGCAAUAUCGAAUACAGCGCGGACGGCAACAGCCCCGUUUUAAAAGCCCCCACGAUUCCGUCACUCCCCAUCUCCUACUCCGAUGCGAUCCCUAUCCUCAGGGCUCUCAAUGGGCAUGGUCCAUCUGCUGAUGAUUUCAAUUCGCGCUGGCAUGGCGGUGCGCUCGGUUACAAAGGUGUUAAUUACAAUACUGGCCCGUCACCGCCCGAGCUCACGCUGCGUCUAUACAACCACCUGGAAUACGUCAGGCGCAAGGUGUACAACGUGAUUGCGUCCGUCAAGGGGACUCUCAUAGACGAUGAAGUGAUCAUUCUCGGUAACCACCGCGAUGCAUGGGGCGGUGGAGCGGGUGAUGGGAACAGCGGCUCCAGCGCACUGAACGAAGUUGCCCGCGCAUUUGGUGCGGCAGUGAAACGGGGAUGGCGGCCUCUUCGGUCAAUCGUCCUUGCGAGCUGGGAAGGAGAAGAAUUCGGGCAGCUGGGCUCCAAGGAAUGGCUUAAUGAGAACCUCUCAUGGCUGGACCCGACGGCAGUAGCCUAUCUCAACGUUGUCAUGGCUGGAAGUGGCAGCUUGUUCCACGUGAAGGCGAGCCCACUAUUGUACCAGGCCAUGUUAAGUGCCACUGGUGAGAUACCAUUUCCUAAUCAGACCACUCCCGGACAGACCAUUUUGGAUGUCUGGGGCGGAAAUAUUCUGGCCGGUGCCCCGAGCGAUGCAAUGCGAUUCCUCGACACUGGGUGUAUCGCUGCCAUGGAUUUUGGUUUCUCGCCGGCUCCCGGAGAACCUGUUUUACAUUAUCAUUCCCAAUUCGACAGUGUAGACUGGAUGGAUCGGUUUGGCGACCCGGAUUGGGAAUACCACGCCACCACAGCAAAGCUCUGGGCACUGCUCGCUUCAUCUUUGAUCGAGACGCCAGUGCUGAAUCUGAGCGUGUCCGAUUAUGCCGACGUGUUGAUCAAAGCCCUGCACACUGUGGAAACUGAAAUUCUUUCGAGCCCAGCGGUAAAUUUCGAUUUAACUCCUCUUUUCAGUGAAGUUGAGCGCUUGCGGCAUUCUGCUGUUGAAUUCGAUGCCCACGCAGCCACCGUCAGAAAUCUUGUUUCCCAAUCGGCCAAGGAAACUGAAUAUGACCAAUACCCAUCUUUCGCAGAAAUGCGCGCAAUCAACAAGAUCUAUUUGGGAUUUGAGCGGAUGUUCAAGUAUGAACCUGGGUUGGAAGGCCAACCAUGGAUGAAACAUGUUGUUUUCUCACCCUCGGCAUGGUAUAACGACGGGAAUAUGUUCCCCGGAUUGACAAGCAGCCUUCGGUCUGAGGAUCUGGUUGGAGCAAAGAAAUGGCGAGGUAUUAUUCAAGACCGCAUUUCAAAUGCGACAGAUCUCUUGCAGUCGGGCCGGCCCGAGUACUGA